CCUUGGAUUUGUACCAUGCUGAAGAUCCUCACCAAAAAGCUCAGGAACCAGAGUUUGAACGAAAUUCAACCUUUCCAGCUAAAGGUGGAACUUCCUGUGCACCUCUUCCUGCCUGUUGCCCCUUGUCCUUUUGCUCAGCACCACUGAGAAGAGCCUGGCUCCAUCUUCUUGACAUCCCCUCUUUAGGACCCACUCAGGAGCUCCAUGUCUCUCUUGUCCUGAGGAGCCCAGAACUGGGCACAGAACUCCAGAUGUGCCUCACCAGGGCUGAGCAGAGGAGCAGGAUCACCUCCCUCAACCUGCUGGCAGUGCUCUUCAUAAUGCACCCCAGGAUUCCAUUGGUCUCCUUGGCACAGGGCACACUGCUGGCUCAUGGAUGGCUUGUUGUCCACCAGGACCCCCAGCUCCCUCUCCACACAGCUUCUUUCCAGCACUUGAGCCUGUGCUGGUCUGUAGGGCUGGGGUUAUUCUUCCCUAGAUGAAGGACCCUGCACUUACCUUUAUUGAAUUUCAGAAGGUUCCUUUGUGCCCGUCUCUCCAGCCUGUCCUUCUGCAGGGCUGUGCAGCCCUCUGGAGUACCAGCCACUCCUCCCAGGUUUUCAUCAUCAGUGAACUUGCCAAGGAGGCAUCUGCCCCUUCGUCCAAGUCAUUAAUGAAUGACUUAAACAAUAUUGGGCCCAGUAUUGAACCUUGGGGGGUACCACUAAUGCAGCCAGACUGUGUGUGCCACUGGUUAUGACUGUCAGCCAGUUCUCAAUCCACCUCACUGUCCACACUUCCUGAGUUUGCUUAUGAGGAUGUUGUGAGAGACAGUGUUGAAAGUCUUGCUCAAGUCAGUGUAGACAGUACCCACUGGUCUCCCUUUAUCCAGCCAGGUAGUUGUUUCAUUGUAGAAGGCAAUUGGGUUUGUCAGGCAUGAAAUUGGUAAAUUCAUGCUAUUCCUUGUCAUCCAUAUGGAUAGACAUUGCCUCCAGAAUGAGGCAUUCCAUCACAUUUCUAGGGAUUGAGGUGAGGCAGACUGGCUGGUAGUUCCCUGACUCCUAAUUCUUGCUUUUUUUGAACACUGGAAUAACAUUUGUUUUUUUUCCAAUCCUCAGGCACCUCUCCUGAUUGUCAUGACCUUUCAAAGAUGAUCAUGAAUGGCCUAGCUAUGGUAUUUGCCAGCUUUCUCAACAUUUGGAAGCAUUUCAUCUGAGCCUAUGGAUUUGUGGAUGUCAAGUUUUCCUAGCUGGUUACGUUAGAUGCUUCUGGUUUGUCAUAACCGCAGGAAAGACACAAAUGCGUGGAUCUAAGUGUUACACCAAGUGCUGCUCAGCCAGGUGAAAUUUUGCUGUUGUCCCAUUGAGAAGCUUCAGCAGAAUGGGAAUACCACAACAGAGUACCCUUGUGAAGAACUCACGUGGUUAGUUCUCUGGUCCAUCCUUGAUGGCUUCAUGGAGGGUGAAAUACCGUGGAUGCUUAUGGAAACUUCCUGUUGGACUUGCAGCUCAUCAUCCAGGCUCAGCCUGCUGCAGAGAACUUGAGCUUGCUAAGGCCUGAGCUGUGGUGCUGGGAACAGAUUGAUGCCUGUGCUCCAUUGUCAUGCACCCUUCAGAUGAGCGCUAUCUCUUAUCCCCCAAGUGAUGAGGACAGCGAUGACUCUGAGGGAGAGAACCAGGAACUUGCUCAGAUCGACAGAGAGAGAAGACGGAAUUGUACCCUGACUCCUCUGGCCACCAACCAACUCCAGAACCAGGAGAACCAAUGCUGCAAGGUUCGGGCACUCUUCCAUGCCAGCCUUGACCGCCACAGCUCAGAAGAGGAGCUGGAGCGCAUCAACCGGGAGUUUGCUGCGGAGAAGCGGAAGUGGUCCCAGGUCAGCCGGCUCACGUGCUGCAGCGACGGCAACAACACCUCCUCCAGUGACGAAGAAGUGAAGAACUUGUGCGCCAUGUCCUUCCGGCCCGUGGCAGAGCAGGGCGAAGGCCUCCACGCCAGCCCCAGCCCCGUGCUGUUCAGUGCCUCCCCUCCCAAGAGACUCCAGCCUCUGGUGCGCAGCCCGGCCUCUGGACCUUUAAUCCUCACAGGCGUUGGGGCGGGCCUUGAGCAAGCCAUGCCUUGUAAGAGACAUCGACAAGGAUAUGGGGAUAAGGUCGGCAGGCCCAGCCUUGACCUGGAAAAAAUGCAGCAGAAGAUGCUGCUCAAGAAGAAUUGUGGAGCAAAGACUAGAGUAAUUAAAAUUCAUAGCAUCAAUGGAGGCCGCCCGCCACCCCACUUUAUGUAUGAUCCCUCCACUUUUGCCUUCCGUUCCCUCAGCACCUUGAAGCCGCUGAGCCCGAUAGCUCCAGUGGAAGAACCGUCAUGUGCCUACUGAAGGAGUUUCUCCAAAAAACCUCAGGAACUAUCAACCAGUGUCCUGCCUGGCAGGCAGAAGGGGAGGUGGUGAUACCCAAGGGGAGGGCUGGGAGAAGAAGGGGCAAUGACACAUCUUUGCAAUGCAGCUGCUCUGGCAGGAGGAAGCGAAUGGCUUGGCAGCAGUGCCUGUCAUCAUACCACUGAUGGAUCCGAGCAGUGGCAAAGGGAGUGAGUUUUGUCUUUCAGGGCAAAGCAAACCAAUCAGGUCCACAAACUGCAAGAACUGCCACCAAGGCAGUGUCAAACAUGAGGAUGGUGGUAACUGAAGAUAUCCAGGAGGUGUUCAGGGGUUAGUGUGACCUGCAUGGCAGCAGGGGUGAAUCAUCAAGCUGUGAAACCAAAUCCAGUCAGUUUCCCAAGGAUACGUGGGUCUACAGUGCUUUGCUAUAGACCUGACACUUCUCCCACUCAGAAGUGAGCUCAGGAUUAGAGAAAGAGCCUAUACAGAGCUGCUUGCAAAACAAGAAGAUCCCUCUCUGAGAUUGUUAUAAUUGCAUUUGCAUCCAGCUCUCUCAAGUGGAAAACCCUAGAACAGGGAGGUGUGUGGGGGAGUAACUGGCACAUUUAGCUGUGCAUUCCAGAAGUCUGAUGGCAGUUCAGUGAUACUGUCCAAAAGGAGAUGGAAAUGGGAGAGUGAGACAUCCAUAUGUUGAUCUGGGGUUGGAAUAAAAUUCUAGAAUUGGAAGGUCUGUGUUGAACCAUCCAGGAAGAUGCAGCACCCAACUCCAGUCCUCUCAGCAUCAUCAAAGAGAAGAACUUGGGGGUGACUGUGUUCUUAUGGAUCUCCUCUCUGCUGAGGCAGAGUGUGCUGGGGUACAUAACAUUUCUCCAUAGUAUUGUCCUACUACAUGAUGGUGGAAGUAACUGGUACCACCAAACUCAAACCAAUUUAAUGGCAAGCAAGCUUUCCAGUCCUCUUGUUUAGGCUAGCUGCUAAGUUCAGGAACAAUAUUCCCAGAUGAAGCAAGGAGUAGGAAAAAGCAGUCGAUUUUGUGGCUGUUGGUGGAAGAAACAGGAGGGCAGUUUGAGUGAAGAUGGGGAACAUUUCUCCUUAGACAGUUCUGAGGCUGUUGGGACCAUGUUGGGCUUUUCUACCACUGGUGUUUGGGAUCUGUCCUCAAGGCAUUGUGUGUGUUUUGUGCCACAAGGCAGGAGUUAAUAAAACAAGUUCUUACCUCUCCUGUUGAGGCAGAGGAACAAGGCGUUUCCUUUUGCUGCACCUGGUGGAGAGGGUAACCUCUUUGUGUAGGCAUUCCCCACCAUGAGCCUGCAUCUGAGUGCAAGGGGAAGCAAGUAACUUACUUUUUGUCCAGAUCAAGAGGAGCAACUGUGAGUAAUACAAAAUCAUCUUUGUUUUUUUUAAAUCUUCCUUAGUGUAGAGUCUCUGAUGCUGCUCUUUGGUUGAGACCAAUGGUCAGUCCAGCUGCCAGCAGGAGGGUACCCAGUGAACUGGUCUGGGUCCUUCACUGAAACCCCUGGAGAAAAUCCAAUGGCUGUAGGCUUGGGGACCUGAAUCCCCCAGCCUACUCUCUUCUCCCUAGCUCCUGUCAUUCAGGCAGGCAGAGCAGCUGAGCAAGGUGGUGAGGGGAUGUCUGUCCUGAUUUUGUCCCAGCUGUGCCUGCUCUUUGGCUCCAGACCGUUACAGCUGGGCCACCUCCUGCACCAGCACCACCUCCAAGAGGUGUGUCUACUGGUGAGGGACUUUGGGCAGACUGUCAUAGUUCCCUGCAAGUCCCUAUUUCUAAGAGAGCCCAAUUCCUCUGCUGAUUCCUCCUGCCCCUGUAGAAAUCCUGCUUAUCUUGUUUUGAUGGCACACCUCAGCUUUUUAAUUGCUGCCAGAUCAAGCUGACCAGUGCAGGAUAGGAAGCAUUGCUCCUUUGGACCAAAUCCCUGUGCUCAGGAGACGGGACAGUCAUAGCCUGGUACCUAUCUAAGAGGCACAUUCCUUGUGCAAAUGACUGAGGUGGCAGCCCCUGCAUGGCCCUGCAGCCUCAGACUUUGCUCAGCAAGAGCUGCCAAGGUGCUGGGGCCCAGAAGUGUGUUCCUGCCAGCCAGCAGGUGGGGCAGGCUUCCUUGCCCCAGGGUUGGGAGCAGGGAACAGGCGUGUCCUGCCGCUAUUGUUGCCUUUUACUACUUUUGUAACUUUUCUGUCUUUUUCAAUCAGAAGAAAAAAAAAUUAAAAAAAUUAAAAAUCCCUCAAUGAAAUAAAGUGUAACAGCUUCU